CCGAGCCACUGCCAGAACCCGGCCCGCUACUGUCCCCGCCGCUGGGCGGGGCCGCCCCUCACCCAGAGCGUCAGCUCACCAGGUCCGCGUCGGCGCGGGCAGCACCUCCUCUGCAGGUAAAUGGAAGAUUCGCUGGAGGCCAGUGUAUUCCAAACUCGGAAAGCACACAGAAUAGAACAAAUGGUGGCAAGAUGGCUUCGGCGCACACGGGACAGCUCUGCCCGGGCUAAAGUCGCUGCAGCUGAUGGGCCUCCUGGGAACCCAACCCAGGCCCCCACCCCUGUGAGGCACACGGUAAAGAUAGACAGAGACGUCCUCCUCCAGGACUAUGGAUUUCACAUUUCUGAGAGCCUUCCUCUCACAGUGGUGGCCGUCACAGCAGGAGGUUCCGCUCAUGGCAAGCUUUUCCCUGGUGAUCAGAUCCUCCAAAUGAACAAUGAGCCUGCUGAAGACCUUUCCUGUGAACGAGCAGUCGAUAUUUUGAGGGAAGCUGAAGAUUCUCUUUCAAUCACAGUUGUUCGCUGCACAUCGGGAGUCCCCAAAUCAUCCUUCUUGACUGACGAAAAGAGGGCCAGGCUGAAGACCAACCCUGUGAAGGUGCACUUUGCUGAGGAAGUGCUGGUCAGUGGACACAGCCAGGGUAAUUCUCUGCUGUGCAUGCCCAACGUGCUCAAGCUGUACUUAGAGAAUGGACAGACCAAAGCUUUCAAGUUUGAGGAAAACACAACUGUGAAGGACAUCAUUCUCACAGUGAAGGAGAAGCUGUCGAUCCGCAGUAUUGAGUACUUUGGGCUGGCCCUAGAAGAGCAGUACAACAUCUCCCGACUGCACCUGCUACAUGAGGAGGAGCUCAUCCAGCAGGUGGUGGAAAGGGAGGAGUCACAUGACUCCCGCUGCCUCUUCAGAGUGUGUUUUGUCCCCAAAGACCCCCUGGACCUCCUGAAAGAAGAUCCUGUGGCUUUUGAAUACCUCUACCUGCAGAGCUGCAGUGACGUGCUACAGGAGCGCUUUGCUGUGGAAAUGAAAUGCAGCUCUGCACUCCGGCUUGCAGCUCUACAUAUCCAGGAGCGGAUCUAUGCAUGUGCCCAGCCACAGAAAAUCUCUUUGAAAUACAUAGAGAAAGACUGGGGAAUAGAGAACUUUAUAUCUCCAACAUUACUCCGAAACAUGAAAGGCAAAGACAUCAAGAAAGCCAUUAGUUUCCACAUGAAGAGGAACCAAAACUUGCUGGAACCCCGGCAGAAGCAACUUAUUUCUGCUGCUCAGUUACGUUUAAAUUAUCUACAGAUCCUCGGAGAACUAAAGACAUAUGGUGGGAAAAUCUUUAAUGCUACUUUAAUGUUACAGGAUAGAGAAUCUUACAUUGCCCUUCUGGUUGGAGCGAAGUAUGGAAUUAGCCAAAUUAUCAAUAGCAAACUCAACAUCAUAUCAACACUGGCAGAGUUUGCCAGCAUCAGCCGUGUAGAGUUGACAGAAGAGUCUGAGAAAGUGAGCAUGGUCAAAGUAUAUCUUCAGGACAUUAAGGUUCUAACGUUGCUGCUGGAAUCCAACAGUGCAAAAGACCUAGUCUGCCUGAUUGCUGGGUACUACAGGCUGUUUGUCAACCCAGUUAUCUCCAUUUUCCACUGGCCUGGACAUAGACAAGUACAUCGGGUGUCUGCUGAAGAAGGUUAUGAGUCCAGGGCCUGCAGUGACUCAGAAGAGUCCUCUGAAGUGGACUGUGUGCUGGAGCCUCUCUGUAACAGACGCCUGAAGAAGCUGGGCCCCUGUAGACCACUCAUCGAAGAGGAGCAGUCCCCCAAGAACAGCCUCACUCCUGAGGUGGCCAGGAGGGGCCCGAGCACCUGUGCAGCCAACAGCACAACAGACAGUGCGGAGUCCGAGGCAUCUGACUCAGCCAACACCGAGAGCCGAGGCUGCAGGACGAGCGGUUCAAGUGAGUCCAUGGAUGCCCUGGAGGAAGAUGACUUAGAUGCCUGUUCCUCCAGCAGGUCUGGCUUCUUCCACUUCAGCUCUCCAGGCUUCUCAGAGGGUCUUGAUUCUAACAGCCAAGAGGAGAAAAACAGGAUUGAGACGAGUGGCUUCCUCUGUCUCCUGGACCUGGCCCAGAGUGCCAACCCUCACUGCCUGAAGACACAGUGUUCCCAGAGUACUGCUCCUGAAACCUGCAGCUGGGGACCAGAACUGACGACGGGCAGGCUGGACCCCAGGCUGUAUGAGGGCAGCCGGACUGAUUAUUACAGCCUGUGCUCCAGCGUCUCUCCAGCCAGCCACUUGAGCGACAGUUCAGAGAGCACAGCUUCCCGGCAGGGGGGCGCGCCAGCGGUCUGGGGCCAGCACGGCUGGACUGAGGUCCAGCCAAGCUCCACUCUGGAAGGCCUGUCCCUGCGUCUUCCACUGGCCUUUGAGGAUGGCAGCUCAGAUGAGGAAUACUAUGACGCAGCUGACAAGCUCACACCCCCAGACACCCUCUCAGGGCCUAGACCCACUUCUGCCACAAAACCCAGUGCCACAGACUGGCAGAGUCAGGCCAGCGCUUAUAGCCCCAAGGAUAGUCUGUAUCCUGGGCCCCACGGAAGAGAGCCGAGCAGAAGAGGAGGGGUGAAGAAGUACGCCAGGACCCUUCGGAAAAGAAGGUCCUUCCUGCAGACUGACUAUACCUCUCAGGUCUCCUUUCCCUUGGUGCCAUCAGCCUCCCUGGAGAGUGUGGAUGAUGUGUGCUACUAUGACAGGGACCCCUACCUCAGCAUCGGUGCAGCCUCUCCAACUGUGUCCUCCCUGCAGGACAUGCAAGGUGAGCCAGGCCUCCUGGAGACCAAGGCUCUGGGGCUGCUGGCUCCCCUGAGGGAGACUCAGAACAAAAAUCCAGCCUCCAGGGUCAUGGAGAUGGAGCCUGAGACCAUGGAAACCAAGUCGGUCACCGAUUCUCGGGUGUCUUCUAUCUCUGCCAUUCGUCUCCGGAUUGAUCCCAACAAUAAAGAGAAUUCUGAGGCUCCCCAUUUGGCCACCACUGCUGAUAAUCCCUUAGCAAGCAGCCUUCACUGCCCCAACGUAGCUUCUUCUGGUCCAGAGACUACUCAGACAAAACCUUUCCAAAUCAUAUGUCCACUUCAAGAAUCAGAUGUCACUGCCCCCAAAGAACUCACCGUAGAUCUUAGUGACAGCAACUUCCCUCUCUCCAAUGCUGAUCCUAACCCAGACAACCCAGAGUCACAUAAUGUCUCUCAAGGAGACACACUAGAGCUGGGAGACAUCCAAUUGGAAGUGGAAUUGGGAUCUUUUUUUACAAAUCAUACACAGGAAACCGGCCCCCAAUACACAGAGACUUUGUUGUCCCCUGGAAAUGGGCCUAGAAGUGAUAAAUGUGAAAUAAGUUCAGGAGAGAAGGCCUCUAUCCCUACAGAGGAGGAGCAACAAGGACAACUAUCUUUGGAAAGUGACAACGAAGUCCCAAACAAACAUGGUCCCAACUUAUUUCAGGAAGAAUCUCGGAAGGAUUCAGGGGACUCUGAGGGUGAUGUAUCAAAUGUUCCACAGGCUCCUGAUGUUAGUACUCCAGCUCAGGAAAUAACUAGCUCCCUCUCCUUGCAGGCUCCUGGAACAGGGACUGAGCAGACCCCACCAUAUCCCCCCAAGAACCCCCAAGAAGAAGCCCCUGUCCAAGCCUGCCAGACCCAGGAUCAAAAACUACUGACAGAGUUGGAUCUAGACCCCAGUUUCUUACUUGGGGAGCAGACCAUUCCAUCUGACUUCCCUCCAGGGGUGGUCAAGGCAGAGCCACUUAACCAUGUCAUAGGGGAAGAUACAAACUCUACAGACACUCUUCAGCAGGUCUAUUUUAGUCCUUCUCUGCCAAAGCCACCAUUGUGUCAAGAGGAGCCCGACUUGGAAGCUUCAAACCAUUGCUCACUGUCAGAAAGCAAAGAUGACAGUUCUAGCAUUUCCCUCUCUACUGAGAAGUCUUUUCUGUGCUUUGCCCCAGAAAGCCACCCUGAAGUUUCUGCCCAUCUCAGGAGGGCCAUGUCUUUGGGUUUUGUGGGGUUGAACGAGGUGGUGGCCCCCCUGCUUGGGAUGGACCAGUGCAGCUGCCAGUUCUCCUAUGCCACCUGCUUCCGUGGCCUGCAGCCUGAGACAGAGGAAGAGGACAGGAACCCAGAAGCUUAUCCCCCUCCCCCGCUCACCUCACCACCCUCUGCAGGGACCCGGCUUGUUCUACCCUGGAUGGCUGCCCAGACCCACAGCUGCAGCACCACAUCCCUGUCAAGGAAAAGCCACAUCUGGCCAGAGUACUGCUCCAGAGCACUGAGACAGCUGAAAGCCAUCCCCGCUGGCACCCCUGAGGGCUUCAUCCAACUCCUAGAGAGCUUACUAGAGCUCCAAGACAUUCUAGAAACUUCCUGGGGGGGUGGGCACAAACAUCCCCCAGAGAAGUGCACCUGGCACUUUUUGGAAAGCCGGAGCCACCUCUGCAUGGGCUCACAGAAGCUCCUCUCAAGCUGUCAGCAUGUGAUCAGAAUGGACCAGUCCCCCGAGGAAAUGCAGGGUGCCGUGCGUGACACCUUCCAGCACCUGGUCCAGCUGGCUGGCCUGUGCUUCCAGUUCACGGACUGCAGCCGCUGCUCUGCCCGGCACAGGGAAGCAGCUGGGAACCUGAGGGAUGUGGUGUACUCCUACCACCAGUUUGUAGAGGCUGCAAGAUUGACCUGCGAGAGAGGCUACCAUGACCUGAGUGUGAAACUCUUGGCCCGUCAGUGCACGGCCCUCACAGCUGCUGUGUUCUGUUUGACCCAGAAGUUCCGGGCAUCCACUGCCCUGUAAACAGGGUCUUCCUACCCUGAACGCUUCCCUAAGAAGCCCUGUCCAGUCCCCACUCACCCCCAUCAGAUGUUUACUAAAUAGAGUAUUCAAAUAAACUGCUGCUUAGUCUUG